AUGGCGUCCACAGUCCAGGUAGCUCAGACGGACGACCUGAGCAACAUCUUCCAAAACCUUAGAUCAAAGAAUACCGAUCUCAGAGACAGGGCAGCGGAGGACCUACGACGAUAUGUUGUCACCAAAGUCUCAGAGAUGACCCCGGACGCCGCUGCGAAGAUAUGGGACGACACAAUCAACCGAAAUCUGUUUGACUUGAUGCACAGUCAAAGCAAUACAGACAGAUUUGGUGGCUUACUGGCUAUUGACCACCUUCUGUAUCCGAAUGGGGAGGAAACAAUCGAAUCAAAACGACACUUGUAUCGGUUCUACAACUAUGUCAGGCAUCAACUUCCUAACCAUGAUAUCAAUCUCAUGCUCGCGGCAUCCAAAACGCUCGGUCAAAUAGCCCAUGCAGGUGGCGCUGCGUUUGGCGACAAAUUCAUGGACUACGAAGUCCAGGGUGCGAUAGAAUUGAUGCAACCGGACAAACAAGAGUCCCCCCGCUAUGCUGGAGUCCUCAUCCUCAAAGAAUUGGCGAAGAACAGUCCUAGUCACUUCUCGUCACAUAUUGGCGUCGUGCUCGACAAUAUUAUACUGCCACUGAGAGAUCCGCGGGUCAUAGUACGCGAAGGAGCUGCUGAACUGCUUGCAGCUUGCCUGGAAAUCAUUACCAAACGCGAAAAGCAAUCACGAAACGCUCACCUACAGAAGAUCCUGCAGGAUGCGCAGCUUGGGCUAAGACAGUCGCAGCCGGAAGUCAUACAUGGCUCCCUCCUCACCUACCGUGAACUGCUGAUCUACGGAAAGAUGUUCUUCAAGGAUGCGUUCGUAGAUGCCGCCGAAACUAUCCUUCGAUUCAAGUCACAUAGGGACAGCCUGGUCCGCAAGAUGGUUAUAACGCUGAUACCUACAUUGGCCGCACAAGCCAAACGAACGCUCUUUUGGCAUGUACAUAUUAUUUAUUACCACCCUACUUUGCUAAAGCAAACUUCACCAGCAUUUAUCGCAAUCGGACAUACCGCCGCCGCCAUCAAUGGUGAUAUGAAGCCUUUCCUGGAGCCAAUCAUGUCGCAUGUUAAAUUGGGCUUACAAGCUCGAGGAAAAAAGAACGCCCCUUCAGAGGAACCCAUCUUCCAAUGUGUCGGCAUGCUUGCCAAAGCUGUCGGCCCCAACUUAACGAAACUCCUUCAUGAUCAAUUAGACUUAAUGUUCGCCUGCGGGUUGAGCGGAGCGCUGAUCAGUGCACUCAAAGAGAUCACCACCAAUAUCCCCCCGCUCCUGAAGACGAUCCAAGAUCGCCUGCUAGACAUACUCUCUCUGAUCCUCAGCAAUCAGCCAUAUAAGCCACUCGGCGCUCCACCUUCACUCGGUCGCGACGCCAACGUCGUUGCGCGGGAGCUAAGCACAACCCAGAUCAACGAGCAUAAUUCCGACCGGAUAACUCUUGCUUUGACAACUCUUGGCGACUUCGACUUCAGUGGUCAUGUUUUGAACGAAUUUGUGCGCAACUGCGCUUUACCGUACCUGGAAAGCGAUAAUGCGGAAAUCCGGGAAGCUGCAGCUGUUACAUGUUGUCGACUUUUCGUUCAAGACCCGAUAUGUUAUCAAGCCAGCAAUCACGCCAUCGAAAUCAUCAGUGAUGUCCUGGACAAGCUGCUCACAGUUGGAAUCGCUGAUCCGGAUGCUAAAAUUCGACAUGUUGUCCUAUCGAAUUUACACGAACGCUUCGACAAACAUCUCGCCCAAGCAGAGAACGUACGAUCUCUCUUCAUUGCUCUAAAUGACGAAGAGUUCAAGAAUCGCGUGACGGCGGUGGGGCUUAUUGGCCGGCUUGCUAGGCACAAUCCUGCAUAUGUGAUGCCGGCCCUUCGCAAGGCUUUCAUUCAGUUGCUGACUGAAUUGGAGUAUUCUGGCGUGAUGCGUAAUCGCGAAGAAUGCACGCGGCUGCUGACCCUUCUGGUUAGUGCGACUCAACGACUCAUUAAACCAUACGCCCUCUCGAUGCUCCGCGCCCUUCUCCCGAAGGCCAACGAUAGCAACCCUACGGUAGCCUCAAACGUCAUGACGUGCCUUGGCGAACUGGUUUGCGUUGCUGGUGAAGACGCGAUGCCCAACGUUCCCGACCUGAUGCGGGUCAUUAUUGAUAGACUUAACGAUCCAGCCCUUGUAAAACGAGACGCGGCUCUACACACCUUGGGUCAAGUCUGUUCCAGCACCGGAUAUGUGAUCCAACCCCUCGUCGACUAUCCCCAGCUCCUCCCGACGUUGGUGCGGAUCUUGCGCACGGAGAAUACGGUGUUUGCAAAGCGGGAAGUAGUGAAGGUCCUUGGGAUUCUUGGCGCUCUAGAUCCUUUCAGACGCAAGGUAAUGUCGGAUUCCUUGUUUAAAGCCUAUUCACUGAGCGAUUGUUCGAAGAGCAAAACUCAGGAAGAGCCACCACCAGAGCCCGCUGAAGCUCCAGCGGGCUCUGCCUCCGCCGUUGCUGCUGCCGCUGCCGCCGCACAAGCAAAUGUUGCAGUUGGGACGGAUGAUUAUUUCCAGACUGCGGUCAUCACGUCUUUGCUAGCUGUCCUCAAGGAUCCUUCUUUGAGUGGUCAUCACCACACUGUGAUAGAGGCCAUUAUGUCUAUCUUCAAGACUCAAGGACUCAAAUGUGUGACGUUUCUUCCUCAGAUCAUCCCUGCGUUCUCGCUUGUUGCCAGAACGUCCACAGUUCGAAUGCAAGAAUUUCAUCUCCAGCAACUCGCCAUCCUCGUUGCCAUUAUCAAGCAACACGUUCGCAACCACGCGAUGCGGUUAUAUAGGUUGAUCAUCGAGUUGUGGGACAACCCUGCCCUGCACCUUCCUCUCGUUUCGCUCAUUGAAGCUCUGGGAAACGCUUUAGACUCCGAGUUCAAGCCUUUCUUAGCCACGCUAAUCCCUUUGAUCCUAAAGAUCUUCGAUCAGGAAUUGACGGACAAACGAAUGUUGACCCAGAUCAAGAUAUUUGACGCAUUCGUCACAUUUGGAACGAAUAUAGAGGAAUACCUCCAACUAGUGAUCCCGGUGAUAGUCCGCACAUAUGAACGGACCGACGCGUCGUCGGCGUUGAGGAAGAAGGCCAUUCAUACCAUUGAAUCGCUCUCGGCCCGUGUCAACUUUUCUGACCACGCAUCCCGAAUAAUACAUCCGCUUGUGCGGGUGUUAGACACUGCUGGUAAUGACAUUCGUCAAACUGCAUUGGAUACAUUGUGCGCGUUUGUGUAUCAACUGGGCUCUGAUUUCGCGAUAUUCGUGUCUACCAUCCAGAAGGUCAUGGCGAAACACCGUAUAACGCACCCCAAGUACGAAGGGCUCAUAGCGAAACUUCUGAACGGCGAACAUCUCGUCCAAGAAGCUUCAAAAAGCCAGGACCUCCCAGCCCCCGCUGAAGCGACGAAACUCACAGUGAACCAACAGCACCUUAAGCAAGCAUGGGAUACGUCCCAGGUAUCAACUUUAGAGGACUGGGCGGAUUGGAUGCAUCGUCUUGAGGUCGAGUUCAUGAAAGAGUCGCCAUCCCAUGCCUUGCGAGCUUGCAUGAGCCUCGUUGAUAGUCAUCCUCCCCUGGCUAAGGAAUUAUUCAACGCGGCUUUCUUGUCAUGUUGGGGUGAGCUGUAUGACCAAUAUCAGGAAGACCUGGUUCGUUCCAUUGAAUUUGCUAUUACUUCGAGUACGGCCUCGACGGACUUGAUACACCGACUGUUGAACCUGGCGGAGUUUAUGGAGCACGAAGAGAAACCGCUCCCCAUCGAGCAUAGAACUCUCGGAGAGUACGCUAUAAAGUGUCGCGCAUAUGCGAAAGCGCUGCAUUACAAAGAGCUUGAAUUCUUCUCGGAAUCGUCGCCCACUAUCAUCGAGUCUCUGAUCUCCAUCAAUACCUGGCUGCAGCAACAUGAUGCUGCUUGGGGUACACUCCUCACAGCUGGGGAACAAUACGAUGUUACAAAACACGAAGAGUGGUACGAGAAGUUGGGACGAUGGCAAGAGGCUCUACAUGCCUACGAAAAGAAGGCGGAAACUUCUCCAUCGGCCCCUGGCAUAGCAAUCGGUAGAAUGAAGUGCCUCCACGCUUUAGGAGAAUGGGAUCAGCUAGCAGCUUUGGUAGAAGACCACUGGCCCAAUGCGAACCCCGAAGAUCGUCGAGAGAUCGCGCCAAUGGCUGCUGCUGCUGCUUGGUCACUGAGGGAAUGGGAUGCCAUGGAGGGCUAUAUCGGUACCAUGCGUGCUGAUGUAGCCGACAAAUAUUUCUACCGCGCCAUCCUCUCCGUCCAUCAGAACCAAUUCCCCAAGGCUAUGAUACACAUCGGAAAAGCAAGAGAUCACCUGAAGAAUGAUAUGUCUAGUUUUGUAGGAGAAGGUUACGGACAAUCCUACAACACUAUGGUUCGGGCACAAACGCUGUCGGAACUAGAAGAAAUUAUUGCUUACAAACAGUUCGCUGAUCAACCUGAACGGCAGGAAACUAUCCGUGCCACAUGGGUAAAACGGCUACAGGGAUGUCAGCCGGACGUAGAAGUAUGGCAGCGCAUUCUUCAAGUACGAACAUUGGUUCUUGGUCCAGAAGACGACCCAGUUAUGUGGAUCAAAUUCGCCAAUCUAUGCCGCAAAUCCGAGAGGAUGGUGCUGGCAGAGAAGACCAUCAAUUCGUUGCUUACUCCAGAAAAGGCACCUCCUGAGGUAGUCUAUGCGCAGCUGAAAUUUAUGUGGGCAACGGGCGCUAAGGAGGCCAGUUUGGAAUUUGUUCGCCGGUUUGCGACCAAUCUCGCUAAGGAUAUCGAACACGAGUCUGGUGACAGCGUCCCCAAGUCCUCGGUCUCUAAGACCAGACUUGACGAAUUCAACAAGCUCUUGGCUCGUUGCUACUUUAAGCAGGGUCAAUGGCAGAAGGAGCUGAAGGAAGAUUGGAACCAGAGAAACAUCGAUGACAUACUACGUUCUUUCCAAUCAGCAACUCGCCAUGAUCCAACAUGGUAUAAGGCUUGGCAUACUUGGGCAUUGGCUAACUUUGAAGUCAUCGGCUUCAUGGAAAAUCUCGAACCUCGUUCUGGGAGCACCCGAAGUAACAAGAUGGCAGCGCAUGUUGUUCAGGCUGUUGAAGGAUUCUUCCGGUCAAUAUCCCUUCGCAACGAGGACGCACUACAAGAUACUCUACGUCUUCUUACACUCUGGUUCAAAUACGGGGCCCACGAUGAAGUUAGCCAUGCCAUGGCAAGCGGAUUCUCGACCGUGGAGGUUGACACUUGGCUGGAAGUUAUUCCUCAGAUCAUCGCUCGCAUUCAAACGCCUCACAUUAACAUUCGUCGCAAUAUCAAUGCUCUACUUAUUGACGUCGGAAAGCACCAUCCACAAGCCUUGGUGUACCCCUUGACGGUGGCUUCGAAGUCUUCAAGUAAAAGUCGCCAAACCGCUGCUGCCUCAAUAAUGGAAAGAAUGCGUGAACACAGCGCGGAGAUUGUCAAUCAAGCGCUGCUAGUAAGCCGCGAACUCAUUCGGGUCGCCAUCUUGUGGCACGAGUUAUGGCAUGAAGGACUGGAGGAGGCUUCACGACUAUAUUUCACAGAAAACAACCCCGAAGGCAUGAUCAUGGCAUUGGAACCACUCCACGAAAUGAUUGCAGCCGGUCCGACGACCGCCCGAGAGAUUUCGUUCGUGCAAGUAUUCGGGCGGGAACUACACGAAGCACGAGAAGCUUGCCGACGUUAUCAUGAUUAUGGUGACACUGCCGAGCUUGAUAAAGCAUGGGAUAUAUAUUACGGUGUCUUCAAGAAAGUUGAGAAGCAGCUACCACAACUCACAACACUAGAUCUCCAAUAUGUCUCUCCCGCUUUGUUGAAAUCCAGAAACCUUGAGCUUGCCGUUCCUGGAACGUAUCAGAGCGGUCGUCCAAUCAUAAAGAUAGUCAGCUUUGCGACGAAGCUUACAGUAAUCUCUUCUAAACAGCGACCACGUCGUCUCUCAUUGGUUGGCAGCGACGGCAAGAAUUAUCACUAUGUCCUUAAAGGACACGAGGAUUUACGACAAGAUGAACGAGUCAUGCAGCUAUUCAGCCUCGUCAACACGCUACUCUCUGCGGACACUGAUAGCUUCCAGCGACGACUACAUAUUCAGCGAUAUCCGGUUAUCCCCCUUGCCCCUAAUGCUGGUCUCCUAGGGUGGGUCCAAGACAGCGACACCCUCCAUGUCCUAGUCCGCGAUUACCGGGAGUCCCGUAAAGUGUUGCUCAACAUCGAAUACCGCCUCAUGCUCCAGAUGGCCCCGGACUAUGAGAACUUGAUCCUACUUCAGAAAGUGGAGGUCUUCGAGUACGCCUUGGAGAAUACUACAGGGCAGGAUCUAUAUCGGGUUCUUUGGCUGAAGAGCACCACCUCAGAACAUUGGUUAGAACGACGUGCAACUUACACGCGUUCCCUCGCUGUCAAUAGCAUGGUCGGACACAUUCUUGGCCUGGGUGACCGACAUCCUUCAAAUUUGCUUCUGGAGCGUGCCACAGGCAAGGUAGUCCAUAUUGACUUCGGUGAUUGUUUCGAAGUCGCCAUGCACCGCGAAAAAUUCCCGGAGAAAGUCCCAUUCCGGCUUACGAGGAUGCUCACGCAUGCUAUGGAGGUCAGUGGCAUAGAGGGCAGCUUUAGGAGAACUUGCGAGAUUUCGAUGCGGGUCCUACGCGAUAACAAGGAAUCACUGAUGGCCGUUUUGGAGGCCUUUGUUUAUGACCCCUUGAUCAAUUGGAGGUUGAUGCAAGCCGAGGUUGACGUGCGCCGACAGGAAGACUCAGAAACUGAUCCGGAUCGUGCAGCCGAGUUGGCACGCUUAGCAGCUCAUCCCCAAGGACCUUCAAGGAAGCUUAAAGCAGAUGAGAACGACAUUUUCAACGAAACGAUGGGUGGUCUGGGUGCUCAGGAAGUUCGGAAUGAGCGUGCUUUGGCUGUAUACAACCGCGUUCAGCAUAAACUCACUGGCCGAGACUUCAACCCCGACGUCGCGCUCAACGUAUCGGCUCAAGUUGACAAAUUGAUCCUUCAGGCAACGUCCUUGGAGAACCUAUGCCAGUGCUUCUCUGGAUGGUGUGCUUUCUGGUAG